GGGAUUCCGAUAAAGCAUUCAAGCAUGCCGCGGAUCAAGCUGGUGUUCUUUCUUGCGCUGCUCGCGGCGGCGGCCCAGCGCAGGGCCAUCGAUGCGUUGAUCGUCGACGGCCUGCAGGUGGGGUUCUACAACAGAAGGUGCCCGGAGGCCGAGGGCGUCGUCCGCGACGUCGUCAACUCUGAGGUGGGCAUGGACCGCACCAUCGCCGCCGGCCUCAUCCGCCUCUUCUUCCACGACUGCUUUAUCACGGGCUGCGACGCCUCCAUCCUCCUGGACGAAUCGCCGGCGGGCGACGUCCCGGAGAAGGAGUCGUCGGCCAACGGGUUCACCCUCCACGGCCUCAGGACCAUCGAUAUCGCCAAGUCGACCCUCGAGGCCAUGUGCCCGCGCAAGGUCUCCUGCGCGGACAUACUCGCCUUCGCGGCGCGCGACGCCGCCGUGGCCGCCGGCCUCCCCGGCUACGACGUCGCGGCCGGCCGCCGCGACGGAGAGCGCUCCAACAUGGACGACCUCCCCGGCAACUUCCCCGUGCCGGGCCACCGCGUCCCGCGGCUCACGGAGCUGUUCAAUCAGCGAGGCCUCUCGCAGGAGGAUCUCGUGGUGCUAUCCGGCGCGCACUCCAUCGGCGGCGCCCACUGCUUCAUGUUCUCCAACCGCAUCUACGGCUUCGCCAACGGCGUCGAAGUUGACCCGGGGCUGGAUCCGGAGUACGCCGCGCGGCUCCGUCAGGUCUGCCCGCCAAGGACCCCCAACGACGACCCGGAGCGUGCGCCCAAGGUGAACUUCGACGCGCGCACGGGGGAGAAGCUCGACAACGCGUACUACUCCGAGCUGCUGGCGGGGCGCGGCCUGCUGACCUCUGACAGCGCGCUCAUCGAGGACCCGCAGACGAGGGCGACGGUGGAGCUCUUCGCCAAGGACAACGCCCUGUGGCAGCAGAAGUUCGCCGAGGCGAUGCAGAAGGUGGGCGCGCUCGACGUGCUCGUCGGCGAGGGCCGGGGGGAGGUAAGAAGGCAAUGCCGGCUGGUGAACAGGGCCCAGUGGCCGCAUCAUCCGGCAUUCCCGCGGCGGCCGUUCCCGCGGCAUCCAUUGGCCAACCUGAUCAACGGAUUCUUCCAUGGUUUCCACUGAGGGCCAGUCUUGGCCUCCUUGGGGUUGGAGCAGCUUCUGCGGUGGGGUUACAACAUUUUGCUCUGGAGAUCCGUUACGUAGCUAGUUGCUCACGAACGUUGAUCUCCAAAAUAAGUG